UGAUGCUAUCCUCUGCCAGAACAGGCCAUGGCACAAAUUUUAAAAAGCACACGUGCUCUGUGUUCAUGGCAUCUGCAAAGAGGGUGGCUCAGCUGUCAGUUAGGUGACGGACGUGUGAGGUGUGCCCUUGUGCAAUACAAUCACAUGAAAUAAAUGGGUCACGGGUUGAGGGCAAAUCAAAAAGGCAUUGUCCAUUAUGAUGCAGCUACUGUCAGGUGGACAGGGUGUCUAUUUUAACGAGCCAAUCACACGAUGCUUUGAAUACACAGAUCUUUCACUAAUAACCAUAAAGUGCUCUUCCUUUACCUGAUCAACUGCUAAACUACUGCCCUGUCUGCUUUCCUUUCACCUUCAAGGUACUAUAACCUGCUGCCAUGUCUGAGGGACCGAAAAAAUCUAAAUAUUCAGCUACACGCCGGCUGCAGUUAAAGUCCAAGCUGCUGAAGAAGGCAGCUUCUAUGUUGGUAGUUGAAAAAGAAGAGAAAAAACUUGAGAAAGAAAGAGUUGUGAGUGAAUCUUUUCCUCCACUGAAGCUGUCAGGCCUAUCAGUCCAGGAGCUCCAGGACCUUUGCAAAGAAUUACACCGCAAGAUCGACGUCGUGGAUGAGACGCGUUAUGAUAUGGAGCUCAAAGUUGCCAAAAAUGAGUCUGAGAUUCAGACACUGAGACUGAAGAUCAUUGAGCUGAAGGGUGUGAAGAGGCCUAGCUUGAAGAGGGUGAAGAAAACGACAGACGACAUGCUGGGUGCAUGCACCGAUGCUUCCAAACUCAUGAAGGCUGAUUUCAAGGCCAACCUGAAGACAGUGAAGAAAGAGGAGGAAAAGAGGGAAGAGGUGACGGACUGGCGUAAGAAUGUGGAGGCCAUGUCCGGUAUGGAGGGCAGGAAGAAGAUGUUUACUACGGGACAAUAAGAGAACGCUCAUGUUAAAUACAUUUGUUAGCAACACAUCAUCUUUCAUAAGUUAACUUUAAGUCUGCAAUGCUGGAACUCUCCCCUCCUCCCUAAUUAUGCCCCCUUGUUUAUCAUUAGAAUUACUGUAAGAAUUUAGAAAGUUUACAUUUCAUGAUGAAAUAAAAAUAGCUUUAAAUCUUUAUCAUGACAGAAUGUAAAUUUUUAUAUAUAAGGUAAAAGCACAUGCCAUGAUUGCAGUAAUAUUGUAUUCGCUUCGUGAAGUUGGGCUAAAGAAUAGCUCAUUAGCUUUGUAAACUAUAAGUGCAGUAUUUGUAAUGCACAGACGAUGGCGCUGUCUCUCUGUCUGUAAUACAUGUGAUGCUGAAUAAA